AUGCAUAGUUUUCUAUGUAAUAUUAAUAUUUGAAAUGAAAAGAUAUAAAUUAUUAGUGCUUACAUUAUAUAAGAGCUUUUUGCUUCUUUUAAUAUAUGCUCAAACGCCAAAUAUUUUUGAGAAUUUCGAUUUUUCAUUCUCAUUUCCAUUUUCAAAUACUAGAUGGAAUUUGCAUGAUGCCAUGGUUUCUUCUAAUUUUAUUAUUUUAACUCGUGAUAUAAAAAGCAGUGAAGGAGCAAUAUGGUGUACAACUCCUGUACCUUUUAGAGAUUGGGAAAUUGUUAUACAGUUUCAAAUAUAUGGUCAUGGGGAAAAUCUUUAUGGGGAUGGAAUGGCCUUAUGGUAUGUAAAAGACAAAGAAGAAAAGGGGCCUGUUUUUGGAAGCAGAGAUAACUUUACUGGAUUGGGAAUAUUUUUGGAUACUUAUAACAAUUAUAAUGAUAUAAAUGAUCAUCAACAUCCAUAUAUAUCUGCCCAAGUCAAUGAUGGCACACGACAAUAUAAUAAAGAUAAAGAUGGCACAGAUACUCAGAUAGCUGGGUUUCAUACAAAUUUUAGAGGAGCUGAUAAACAUCCUAUAAUUGUUAUAUCAUAUGUUAGAAACACAUUAGAAGUAAAAAUGACUUAUGACCAUUUCAAAACUGUGGAGAAGUGUUUUGAAGUUAAGGGGAUUCAUCUUCCCACGGGUUAUUACUUUGGUGCUUCAGCUGCAACUGGUGAACUCUCUGAUAACCACGUUAUUACAUCUUUCAGAGUAUUUCCUGUAAUAGUAGAUAGAACGGGGAAGGAAGCGGAAGAAGAUCCAUCCAAAAUAUCACCCUAUGCCGAAUUUUUCAGUCCUCCCAGAGAUCACGUUUCUAAACCCAAACACAUACCAAUGACGGCCAAAAAAUUAGUUUUAAUCAUCAUUCUAGCUUUAAUAGGAUUGGCUGUUUUAUUCGUUGUCGGAGUUUUGGUGUUUAAGAAACAAGAAGAAAGCCGAAAAAGAUUGUAUUGAAAUAGUUUAUAUUUAAAAUGUUAAGAUUCUUUAUUAUGAAAAAAUGUAAUAAUUUGUAACAUUCUGAUGAUAAAUGGGUUAAUAAAGAAAGAUGAUGUUGAUAACUAUUUAUUA